CCUAAUAACAAUAAUGUAGACCAAAUGGUCUCUGACAAUAAUUCGACAGUUAUGGAAUAUGAUCACUGUGUUUAAACCUAACCUUAUUUAAUAUAACCUACUAAUAUAUUUAUUUAUUUUAAAAAUUAAACAAUUAUAACAUGCUUCCAUUCAAAGAACCGGUCAUCAACAACACCAUUAAAAUCAUAAAACGGCAAUAUUCAGUAAAAAGUAAUAAAUGGAAGAGUGUUGUGGGCUUGGAAGUUCACGCGCAGAUAUCGUCGGCUAGUAAAUUAUUUUCAGGCGCCUCCACCAAAUUCACGUCCCCAGUGAACUCAAAUGUGUCACUAUUUGACUGCUCCACUCCUGGAACCCUACCAGUUCUCAACAAGAAAUGCGUUGAAGCCGGCGUUCUUACCGCUCUGGCCUUAAACUGUACAGUUAAUCCAGUGUCAACCUUUGAUAGGAAACACUAUUUUUAUGCUGACAUACCAUCAGGUUACCAAAUAACUCAGCAGCGGGCACCAUUGGCAGUGGAUGGUAGGCUACAGUUCCAGGUUUAUACUCCUGGAGUGCAUAAAACCCCUUACUCCACCGAGGUCAAGAUUAAACAGGUCCAACUGGAGCAGGACAGUGGAAAGAGUUUGCACGAUGAUGACAGGAGCCUAGUGGACCUCAACAGGGCUGGGGUGCCCCUUAUGGAGCUGGUGUUUGAACCUGACCUCAAGGAUGGGGAGGAGGCAGCAGCUCUUGUCAAGGAACUCACUGCAAUACUGCAGAGAUUGCAGACCUGUUCUUGUAAAAUGGAAGAGGGAGCGUUGAGAGUUGACGCUAACGUAUCAAUCCACAAGGAAGGGGAUGCACUGGGUACAAGAACAGAAAUAAAAAACAUAGGAUCUAUAAGAGGGGUAGCCGGCGCCGUGAAAUACGAAAUCGAAAGGCAAAUAAAAGUGAAAGAUUCCGGUGGGAUUGUAGAAAAUGAAACAAGGGCAUGGGACGCUGCGAGUAAAACCACAGUGGCAAUGAGAGACAAAGAAGCAAAACAAGAUUAUAGAUACAUGCCAGAACCGAAUCUUCCGCCUUUGCACGUGGCCAUAGGGCCCAUUAAUAGGGGUGUUGUGAAUGCUGACAAAUUGAAAGAAAUUAUUCCAGAAUUGCCUGAACAAACUAGACAAAGGUUGAGAAAUGAUUUGGGAUUGACAUCUGAACAAUCCAUUAUUCUUGUGAAUGAUUUUUCACUUCUCACCAUUUUUGAAGAUACUUUGGCUAAAAGAAAGCUCAAUUCAAAGCUUUUGGCCAAUUUUUUGAUAAAUGAACUAAACACCAUAUUAAAUAAGGAGGAUUUGGAAUUUAAAGACAUAAACACAGACCCAGAUUAUUAUGGAGAGAUAGUUGAACUAUUACAAAAUGGAGAAAUUAGUAGGAAUACAGCAAAAUACUUAUUAAGUCGAAUUAUUGAAGGAAUUUCGGAGAGACCGAUUGAUAUUGUAAAAAGUGAAGGUUUGCUUCAGAUUACAUCUGAACAAGAAUUAACGUCUUUAUGCGAAGAAGUUCUUAAAGAAAAUGACAAACUUGUAAAACAAUACAAAGCGGGAAAAACAAAGAUUUUUAAAGCCUUAAUGGGUUUAAUUGCUGGUAAAAGCAAAGGUAGAGCUGAUAUGGGAAAAUGUGAUAAAAUAUUAAAGGAUUUAUUAAGCAAAUGAUUGUAGUUAAAACAAAUCUAGUCUUGAAACUGUUAAAAUGUUAUUUAUAAUAAAUUCUUAAGUUUAUAUUA